CUUGGGUGUGUUUUCAUUGGGCGCAAGAAGCAACAAGCAAGAAGCGCUCGAGUGGCGUGGCACAACCAAAACACACACACGCAAACGAAGAAGGCAAGACCGCCAGCCAGCCAGAACACAGCAACCACGCUGCCAGCGCCAUUUACCACUCCUGCUUGCUUCACACACGCGAUUGAUAGAGACCGCCACCAGCUCUCCCUUUGCCUCUCGCCUUUCCUUUCACCGCAACUAUGACCUCCUACACCGAUAAGGGCGCCAAGCCUGACGUUGGCCGCUACCUCGGCUUUGACCACGCCACCUUCUGGGUCGGCAACGCUAAGCAAGCCGCAUCCUUCUACACUGUGCGCAUGGGCUUUGAGCCGCUCGCGUACCGUGGUUUGGAGACGGGCGACCGCGAUGUCGUGUCCCACGCCGUCAAGCAGAACGAUAUUGUGUUUGUGUUCAAGUCCGCGCUGAACCCAGGCAACAACGAGAUGGGCGAGCACCUGACCAAGCACGGUGAUGGCGUCAAGGACAUUGCCUUCACCGUCGAGGACUGCCGUGGCAUCUACAAGCGUGCGAUUGCGCGUGGCGCCAAGGGCGUGCGCGAGCCCUGGGAGGAGAAGGACGAGCACGGCACCGUUGUCUUCGCCCAGGUGCAGACGUACGGCGACACCACCCACACAUUCGUCGAGCGCACCAACUACACCGCCACAGCCACGCACUUCCUGCCCGGCUUUGUCCCCCUCACCAAGAAGGACCCUCUCCUUGCCACCCUGCCUGUCCUCAACCUCCACGCCAUCGACCACUGCGUCGGUAACCAGCCCGAUAACGAGAUGGAGGAUGUUGCCACGUGGUACACUAACGUGCUCGCGUUCCACCGCUUCUGGUCUGUCGACGACACCCAGCUCCACACCGAGUACAGCGCACUCAGGUCGAUUGUGGUGACGGAUUACGACGAGGUGAUCAAGAUGCCCAUCAACGAGCCCGCUGCUGGCAAGCGCAAGUCCCAGAUCCAGGAGUACGUUGACUACUACGGCGGUGCCGGUGUGCAGCACAUUGCUCUCCGCACAGACGACGUCAUCAAGGCCGUUGAGGCUGGCCGUGCACGGGGUCUGGACUUCCUCACCCCGCCGGACACGUACUACGAGGACCUCAUCGAGCGCCUCAAGGAGUCCAAGGUCGAGAUCAAGGAGAACAUGGACCUGAUUCGCAAGAACUCCAUCCUCGUCGACUUUGACGACAACGGCUACCUUCUCCAGAUCUUCACCAAGCCCUGCCAGGACCGCCCCACACUCUUCAUCGAGUUUAUCCAGCGCUGCAACCAUAGCGGCUUUGGUGCCGGCAACUUCAAGGCGCUCUUUGAGGCCAUUGAGAAGGACCAGGCUGCCCGCGGCAACCUCUAAACCGCCUGCGCACAUGCAACAACAGAAUCGCCUCAACUUGCUUUUGCGUUUGCAGUUGUUUUGUUGUUUGUCGUAAUGACACGAUGCGUGAUGAUAUGAUGACGUGGCUGGUGUGUUGUGAGUUGUCGCUCGCCACUGGUUUCCUUCGUCCCAAUUCGCCCGCACCUCUUGUCUUCGUAUCACAACCUUCGUCUUACUUUCGCCGCAGCUGCUAUGACGCACACCUUCCUCGACUACCACUACUAGAUGCAGCUUCUUUGUUUGGCGUGCGUUGGUGGUGUAGCACGAACGAGCCGUGAUUGCUUUCACUCGCUUGAUUGGUCGUUUACUUUGCACCCUUGCACACGAACGUACACAAGCAAGCCUUUCGUUUUUUCGUUGCGUUCAACUUCCCCAAGUCAACCAACACCCAAUACAUAUUGCUCGACCUACAAUGCGCGCAUCAAGAAUCCAUCUUGGA